GGCGGCGGCGGCGGCGCGCGUGCGCGCUCUCGCCGCGCCCUGGACCGAGCGGCGGCGCCGAGGCCCGGCGGUUCAAGCCAGGUAGGAAACAUGAGCGGCAACAACUUGGGUGGGAACGACGAGUUUGAUGAGCAGUUGCGAAUGCAAGAAUUGUACGGAGACACCAAGGAGGGUGACACCCAGAACGAUCCCGGCGGAGAACCCGAUUCUUUCGGGCAGCAGGCGGCUGACACCCCGUACGAGUGGGACCUAGACAAGAAGGCUUGGUUCCCCAAGAUCACUGAAGAUUUCAUUGCUACAUAUCAGGCCAAUUAUGGUUUCUCUAAUGAUGGCGCAUCUAGUUCUACGGCAAACGUACAGGAUGUCAAUACUAGGAUUGCUGAGGAACCUCCACAAAGAAAAACCCCUGAACCCACUGAUCCCAGAAAGAAGGGAGAAAAAAGAAAAUCCGAGUCAGGAUGGUUUCAUGUUGAAGAAGACAGAAAUACAAAUGUAUAUGUGUCUGGUUUGCCUCCAGACAUUACAGUGGACGAAUUUAUACAGCUUAUGUCCAAGUUUGGUAUUAUUAUGAGAGAUCCUCAGACAGAAGAAUUUAAGGUCAAACUUUACAAAGAUAAUCAAGGAAAUCUUAAAGGAGAUGGGCUUUGCUGUUAUUUGAAGAGAGAAUCUGUGGAACUUGCAUUAAAACUUUUGGAUGAAGAUGAAAUCAGAGGCUACAAAUUGCAUGUAGAAGUGGCAAAGUUCCAGCUAAAGGGGGAAUAUGAUGCCUCAAAGAAGAAGAAGAAGUGCAAAGACUAUAAGAAGAAGCUGUCUAUGCAACAAAAGCAGUUGGAUUGGAGACCUGAGAGGAGAGCUGGACCAUCCCGGAUGCGCCAUGAACGAGUUGUCAUCAUCAAAAACAUGUUUCAUCCUAUGGAUUUUGAGGAUGAUCCUUUGGUGUUGAAUGAGAUAAGAGAAGACCUUCGAGUAGAGUGUUCAAAGUUUGGACAAAUUAAGAAGCUCCUUCUCUUUGAUAGGCACCCAGAUGGUGUAGCCUCUGUGUCCUUUAGGGAUCCAGAGGAAGCUGAUUAUUGCAUUCAAACCCUUGACGGAAGGUGGUUUGGUGGCCGUCAAAUCACUGCUGAAGCAUGGGAUGGGACUACAGAUUAUCAGGUGGAGGAGACCUCCAGAGAAAGGGAGGAAAGGCUGAGAGGAUGGGAGGCUUUCCUCAAUGCUCCAGAGGCCAACAGAGGCCUUCAGCGAUCAGAUUCUGUUGUUGCAACAGAAAGGGCAGGGCCUUCUAGAGUAAGGCACUUUUCAGAGCACCCUGGCACAUCUAAAAUGAAUGCUGAAGAUUCCGCAACUGAAAUGGCGCUUGAAGAACCUAUUGAUGAGAAGUUUGAAAAGGCAGAAGAUGGGGGAGGCUUUGAAGAAAAUGCUUCUGGAAAUGAUGCUGAAGAAGGUGGCCCCAAAAAAGAAGCCAAAGAAGAAGAAUGUGAAGAGAACUGCCCUGAAGGAGAGUCUGAAGGAGACUGCCCUGAGAGAGAUUGUGAAGAAGGCUGCCCUGAGAAGGAGUCCGAAGAAGGCAGCCCUGGACAAGAGUUGGAAGAGGCGACUCCUAGAAAGGAGUUGAAAGAGAAUGGCUCUAAAAGAGAAUCUCCAAAGAAGAGAUUCAAAAGUGAUUAUGAAGAGAAUGGCUUUGUGAAGGAGUCCAAGCAAGAUGACGCCGACAAGGAUUCUGAAGAGGAGGAUGGCCCCAAAAAGGAGUCUGAAGGGGAUGACUCAGAGAGAGAAUCUGAGGAAGAACACUCAGAAAAACUGUCUGAAGAUGGCUCUGAAAAAGAAUUUGAAGGAAACGGUGUUGAAAGAGAUUUUGACGAAGAUGGCUCUGAUCAGGAAUCUCAUGGAAAUGUUCUUGAAAAUGAGUUAGAAGAAAAUGAUACAGACAGAUCUGAAUAUGAUGAGGGCUCUGAGAGAGUGUUAGAUGAGGAAGGCUCAGAGAGAGAAUUUGAUGAAGAUUCAGAGAAGGAAGAAGGGGAAGAUCCAUAUGAAAAAGUUUUAGAAGAUGAGUCUGAUGAGAAAGAGGACGAAGAAGCAGAUGAAAAGGGGCCUGAAGAUGCUGACGAAAAGGAGGAAGAAGCCAAUGCAGAUGAAAAGUUCUUUGAAGAUUCUGAUGAAAAGGAAGAGGAAGAAGAUGCAGAUAUGAAGGCAGGUGAUGAGAUAGAGGAGAAGUUAUUCGAAGAUGAUGAUUCCAAUGAGAAGUUAUUUGACGAGGAGAAUUCCAAUGAGAAGUUGUUUGACGAUUCUGAUGAGAAAGGGACUUUGGGUGGUUUUGAGAAUGCUAAGGAAGAAGGGCCCCUGUCCACAGGCAGCAGCUUUGUCCUCAGUAGUGAUGAUGAUGAUGAUAUUUGAUCCCUUAAACUUGCUUCUUAGGGAGAGUCCUUCAUCUCCAUUUGCCUGUGCUUCAGGGUCAUUACUAGUAGUGUUAUAUGAACAUGUGCAUAGUGGUAGGCUGCCAUCAUACUAAUGCAUUGGAGUUUUUUUCAUUGUUACCUGUGCCUAAUGAUUUUAAAUGUGUUCUUUGGCUGUUCAGUUAAAACUUCAGUUAUGAUGCAAGUAAACUGGAUAUUUGUCCUUUUGUCAGAUUUGUUAAAUGCAUGCAGAAUAAUAUUUUUAAAAGUAUUCUGAUUGAAGUUUGUGAUAUUAAAAAAAUAAAAAUAAGUUGAUAUUAUGC